AUGACCCAUCUUAAAGAUGAGAAUGCUGCGCUACGGGCGCAAAUGAAGCAGGAGAUGAACUUGCUAAAGGAUGAAGUUAAUAAGACAAUUCUCAACAUCGUUACCUCGCAAUUGAGUGAGGAAGGGAGACCACGUCGCGAUACAGCGGAUCCCAACCGAGCUCUAACUGUAACAGAGCCUUGGCAGGGGCUCAGUGAACUCCAUCGAGCUCUAACCAAUGCCGAAGAGGACGAGUUGAGAGUUGUCAGAGAGUCAGGUUCACUCGUCUGGUUGAAAAGUGUCUAUGACCUAAAUUCAUGGGUCGACUCUGAACAAUGCAUGGAAUAUCAACUUGACCUGUUGCGAACUUAUGGCGCUGGGAACCAUAAGGAUCGUGGGACCUUGAAGUCAAGGUUGAGCGAAGUGCUUAUACAAAUAGUCGACUGUAAACCGAAACCUCUAUGGAAGUAUGAUGUGGUGUACAUCCCUCUUAACGCAAGGGGGCAUCACUGGCUGAUGGCUGCUGUUUAUCCGAGGAAAAAAGAGGUCACUUUGUACGACAGCUUGAGUAUCGAAUUGGAAGAGAAAAACAAGCUGGUCGUUGCGCAGGUAACGGACGGACUGAGGUGGUUAUUCCAUGUUCUUGAUGGCGGAUUAGUUAGGUGGGAGAAGCCAUGGAAUGUGAAGCCAUCCGCUGACAGGCCUGCGCAACACAACUCGGACGAUUGUGGCGUAUUCAUGCUGAAAUAUAUAGACUUCUUGUGCAGCAUGAGUGCAAUUGACUUUACGCUUGAGGAAAUUCCAAAAUUUAGAAAGACAAUUGCAUAUGACUGUCUGCAGUAG